AAGCCGCGAGCCACCGGUGACCGGUGCCUGGCAUUUCAGAAUUGAAUUAGAACGCUGAGCCGCUGUGCUUUAUCCUACUGACGUUCUUCCUUUUGCACUCGCUAUAACAACACUGGGCUAUGGCUAGUGGAAGUAAAUGGGUUCCUUUGGAAAGCAAUCCCGAGUCUUGUCUUGCUACUGUGCGCGUUUGUGAACGUUUCGCGUCUCUUGCCUUUCAGGUUAUCACAAAGUUUGCUCACAAGCUUGGCCUGCCUGCGGACUGGUCGUUCGUAGACGUUCUUGGACUGGACAGCGAGUUUCUGGCCACGGUGCCGCAACCCGUGGCUGCUCUGUUGUUUCUCUUCCCGAUCACUGACAAGUACACCAACUUUGUUGAGCAGAAGGGCCAGCAGAUUGGCACGGAUGGCCAGGUGGUCAGUGACAAGGUUUACUUUAUGAAGCAGACCAUCAAAAAUGCCUGCGGUGCCAUGGCUCUGUUGCAUGCUCUGGCCAACAGCACUGACCAAGUCAACAUUGCGGCUGACUCUAUGAUCAAGAAAUUCCUGGAUGCUACUUCAGCCAUGAACCCUGAUCAAAGGGGAUCCUACUUGGAGCAGUGCAAGGACAUUGCCAACCUUCAUGCUGAGUGUGCUAAAGGAGGACAAACACAGGCACCAAGUGCUGAUGAAAAUGUAGACCUGCACUUCAUCUGCUUGGCAAAUGUCGAUGGCCAGAUCUAUGACUUGGAUGGGCGCAAGCCGUUCCCCUUCAACUGUGGCGCUACAAGUGUUCAGACUUUCUUGAAGGACGCUGCCAAGGUGUGCCAGGACUACAUCUCUCGCGAUCCCGAAAACCUGAACUUCAGCGUGGUGGCCCUGGCCAAGACUGGCGCCUAAAGCAGCAGCAGCCACUGUCCGUGUGUUCGCUAUCAUGGCGCAAGCAGCGCCAGGCAACCAGCACCGUGCUGCCUUAUUUUUUGCAGUUUCCUUGCCUUGCGGCUGUUUUUGCUGAAGAAACCUCUGAGCAGCUCUUUUUCGUGAGCGCAGCUGGGACCUUUUCACUACGCUGCUUGAGUUAGGCAAACUCUGCAAGAGAUCAAGGAAAAAAAAAAGACCGUCAUAUGCCUUUUCUUUUUUGCUUUGUUGCCUUCGCAUAUGUACUGAGUCUGAAUAAAUUAUUCUCUGAGAACAAUACGUCGUGCAUAGUUACACCUG